AUUGAAUUUCCCCAUAUAUAUCUCAUGCGAAUCCAACUCGACUUCAUAACAUUUCAACAUUAAUAGUUAAACCCAACCAAAGUUGCAUUAUUCACAAACCAAAUAACUUUGCUGUUUCCUCUAUUUGGAUCAAAAAUGGUUGCGGAGAACAACAACAAGGAAGUAACACUCUCUGCUUCAAUGGACGAUAGCAACAACAACAUGAAAGGAACUAAGAUUCAUCUUGAAGUUCUUCAAAAGGAAGAACCAGCUUUGGUCAAACCAGAAUCCGAGACACCAAAGGGUCUCUACUUCUUGUCGAAUCUUGAUCAGAACAUCGCUGUGAUCGUCCGUACAAUCUACUGUUUCAAAUCUGAGGAGAGAGGGAACGAGGAAGCAGUCCAAGUGAUUAAGAAAGCUCUGAGUCAGGUUCUUGUACAUUACUAUCCUCUUGCUGGACGUCUCACCAUAAGUCCUGAAGGUAAACUCACAGUGAACUGUACGGAAGAAGGAGUGACUAAAUUCAAAUGUGGUGGGUUUGUUCUUGGACUCUGUAUGAAUCAUUGUAUGUUCGAUGGAAUUGGAGCUAUGGAGUUUGUUAACUCAUGGGGUCAAGUCGCUAGAGGCUUACCAUUAACAACUCCUCCAUUUUCAGACCGAACUAUUCUUGGUGCUCGAAACCCUCCAAAGAUCGAGAAUCUUCAUCAAGAAUUCGAAGAGAUCGAAGAUAAAUCCAACAUCAACUCUCUUUACACCAAAGAGCCAACUCUCUACAGAUCCUUCUGCUUUGACCCAGAGAAAAUCAAGAAACUUAAGAUCCAAGCAACAGAGAACAGCGAAUCUCUUCUAGGUAACUCCUGCACGACUUUUGAGGCUUUAUCUGCUUUCGUCUGGAGAGCAAGAACCAAGUCGUUGAAGAUGUUGAGUGAUCAGAAAACGAAGCUUCUCUUCGCCGUUGAUGGUAGAGCCAAGUUUGAGCCUAAAUUGCCAAAAGGGUAUUUUGGGAAUGGAAUUGUUCUCACAAACUCAAUCUGUGAAGCUGGAGAGCUUACGGAGAAACCGUUGAGUUUCGCUGUUGGAUUAGUUAGAGAAGCGAUUAAGAUGGUCACUGAUGGAUACAUGAGAUCUGCGAUUGAUUACUUCGAAGUCACAAGAGCAAGACCUUCUCUUUCCUCGACUCUUCUGAUCACUACAUGGUCGAGAUUGGGUUUUCACACGACAGACUUCGGUUGGGGAGAACCGGUUUUGUCCGGCCCAGUAGCUUUGCCUGAGAAAGAAGUGACUCUGUUUUUGUCUCAUGGAGAACAGAGGAGAAGCAUCAAUGUGCUUCUCGGACUUCCUGCUUCAGCCAUGGAUGUGUUUCAAGAACAGUUUUUACAGAUAUAAUUCUGAACACAAAAGACAAAAAAAAAAAAAAUAUUUGGCAAUUAUUGUCAAAAACUAUUCGUUUUACUCUGUUUUUCUUCCUGCUUCCUUGUUUUUUUUCAGCUGAAUUAUUACUAUUAUCUUCAUCUUAAACUUGUCUGUAUCUUGCAUCAAGUUUCAACCAUAAAUUUAUAUUAUUUUAACUAUAUUGUAAUAUAUUAUUUUUCUCUGAAAUAUUGAGGUUUGUUUUUAAGUACAAAAUAAAAAUUACGUAUAUUUAAACUGUAUAAACAAAGUCUAAAGAUAAAUAACAGAGGAAAAAACAAAGUAGAAGCAAACAGUGACUAAGACUUUUGCAGUCUCUUUUCUAUUGCUUGCCACACAAGUCAACAUUGUUCUUAAACGGUCUGAAAUUCAAAGCUGUAAACCCAUAGACACAGAUAUUAGACCUCUUGGACUUAAACACAACCUGAUCCGUUGUAGUUUUGUAGCCAGGAACGUUGCAGGAAUCCGAGGAGUUACCGAUCAAGCUUGCCUGGCAAGAAGCCAUUGGUGAACCUUUCUCUGCUUCUGCAGCACAAGCAACGUCUUCCACUGACGUUAUAUCUAGCUUGUAGAGUCCAAGCUCGUUCGUGGUUCGAUUUGCAGAGAACGUUAUCAUCUCUCUAGUUCUCGACGAAGCUGCAUCGAAUCUGCAGAUUAUUCUCACUUCCACACCUGGCAUGAAGUAGCUGUGUUUAGAGAAACUGUUGUUGGAGCAGACGUCGCAAUAAACAAGACCCAUUACAGUGAUCUUUGCAUUUGGCUUGGAUGAAGGAUGUUUCAGAGACAGAGAGUUUAAGGACAGAAGUUGCAGAAACAAAGAAUGGGGCCAAGAGGUUAAAGACAAAAUAGCAAACAAAGAUCAGACAAGAAGAGACAUAGACUCCUUUGAAACAAAGCUUCAAGAUCGUCUUCUUUUAUAUACAGAAAACUCAAGAUCAUUCAUGUGCACAAAAAGAUGAGCAAAGAGAGAAGCUUCUGGAGUGGAGGUUAUAAAUGAAUGAUAGAGAGAGGAAUUAAAGGAAAAGUAAAGAAACUGAGAGGUUGGUUGUGUGUGUUUACAUUUAUUGCGCUCUCAAGCUUUCUGUUUUAAGGGUUUUUAUCUAUGAAUCCCCAAAAAAAUGGCUAUAUCUGGAAAAUAGAAUGGAGAAGGUAAGCCACUUGUGUGUGUA